AUUGAAGAUCGAGCAGAACACAGGAACAGACUUGUUUGUUUAGCAGUUUUUUACAGAUUGAGUAACCCAAUUCAACAGUUCUCCCACAAUGCAAAAAAAUUUCGGCUAAUUCAGGUUUUGAAGUAAAAGCUCAUUAAUGGCCGGAUUCAAUUUCUCAAUUUUCCUCUAAAAGCCCCUUUCCUUAUACGGUCUCUUUUCUGAAAAAUCAUAUAAUUUAGGGUUUUACAAUUGAUUGCAUUCGAAGUGUCAAACACACAGACAAGCAUUUUGAUUUUGAUAAGCAGGUGUUCCCGACCUCGCAGAACUUCGGAAGUCGUUUGAGAAUUUAACCAUGGGCCGUUCUCGUGGAAACUUUCACUCAGACGAGGACCCAACUCAAAGAUCAAGGAGAAAGAAGAAUGCUUCCAGUGGAGAAAACCCAGACUCUUCAUCAUCAGGUCAGGGAACGAGUGAGGGGAAAAGGGCAUUGUACCAUUGCAACUAUUGCAACAAAGACAUUACGGGAAAAAUCCGCAUCAAGUGUGCUAUGUGCCCUGAUUUUGACCUAUGUGUAGAGUGCUUUUCUGUUGGAGCUGAGGUGACCCCUCAUAAAAGCAAUCACCCUUACAGGGUCAUGGAUAAUUUAUCUUUCCCGCUUAUCUGCCCUGACUGGAAUGCCGAUGAUGAAAUACUGCUUCUAGAGGGAAUUGAAAUGUAUGGCUUGGGGAAUUGGACAGAAGUUGCCGAGCAUGUGGGGACAAAGAGUAAAGAGCAGUGUAUUGAUCACUACUCCACCGUGUAUCUGAAUUCCCCUUGCUUCCCUCUUCCGGACAUGACUCAUGUUGUCGGGAAAAAUAGAAAGGAACUUCUUGCAAUGGCUAAAGGACAGGGGGAUGAUAAGAAAGGAUCAACAAUGCCUGGCGAGCCUGUGAAGGAAGAAUCUCCAUUUUCUCCUUCAAGAGUCAAAGCUGAGGAGGUGCCUACAACUGGUCCCUCUGGCCGUUUGCCAUCUAGCUCAACUGCAGAUCUUCAAACAGAUAGGAGUUCCAAGGGGAAGAAAUCGAUAACUCCUCGGAACGAUGGUCCCUCUUUGGUUGAGCUAAGUGGCUAUAACCCCAAAAGGCGGGAGUUUGAUACUGAAUAUGAUAAUGAUGCUGAGCAGUUACUUGCUGACAUGGAAUUCAAAGACACUGACACUGAGGAUGAACGAGAACUAAAGAUACGAGUGCUGCAUAUAUAUUCAAGAAGGCUUGACGAGAGGCAACGUAGAAAGGACUUUAUUCUGGAAAGGAACUUACUAUAUCCGAGUCCUUUCCAGAGAAGCUUGUCUCCUGAAGAGAGGGCCUUAUGUAAGCGUUAUGAUGUCUACAUGCGCUUCCAUACCAAGGAAGAGCAUGACGAACUGCUUCAGAGUAUUGUAGCUGAGCAUCGAACUAAGAAAAGAAUUGCAGAGCUCAAGGAAGCACAGGCUGCUGGGUGUCGUACAUCAGCCGAGGCAGAUAGAUAUCUGGAGCAGAAAAGGAGAAGAGAAGCUGAAGAGGCUUCUCGAAAAGCCAGAGACUCUGCAUCUGCCGGGACAGGCGGUCAGGGAGGUCCUAACGCCUUAUCAGCUUCUGAGUCUGCCAGCAGGGAUUCCCAUCCAACAAAACCAGCUGGGCCGGCGUCAACAAGCCGUGUUAAUGAAUUCGAUAUGACAUCAUUUUACAACACAUUUUUGCUGUCUGAAGCUGACAAAAGGCUCUGCAACGAGAUAAGGUUAGCUCCACCUGCCUAUCUGAAGAUGCAGGAGGCCAUGGCGAGGGAAAUCCUGAACGGGAAUAUUACGAAGAAAUCUGAUGCUCAUCCUCUCUUCCAGCUCGAUCCAAGCAAGGUGGAUAAGGUUUAUGACAUGCUUGUGAAGAAAGGCAUUUCUCAGCCUUGAUUCCAUUUCCAUGAAAAAAGAAAAUUAUCAAAUAUUUAUUUUGAACUAUGUACUAGCUUUUUUUUCUUCUUAUCUUGUUCUUCUCUGCUCCCGUUCAGAAAUUUAUAAAUCAGUGAAUAGUUUUAUCUUA